AUGGCAAAAGAAAACCAGACUACCUCACUGCCUGAAUUCCUCCUUCUGGGAUUCUCAGAUAUCAGAGCCCUGCAGGGGCCUUUAUUCUGGAUGGUUCUUCUGGUCUACCUGAUCACCUUGCUGGGCAACUUUGUGAUCAUCCUCCUCACUCAAGUUAGCCCUGCCCUGAACUCCCCCAUGUACUUCUUCCUGCGCCACCUCUCAGUGGUAGAACUCCUCUACAUCACAGAUAUUGUGCCCAGAACCCUGACUGACCUCACGUCCCCAUACCCCCAGGCAAUCUCUUUUCAGGGCUGUGCAGCCCAGAUGUAUAUCUUCAUUGUCCUGGGCAUAUCAGAGUGCUGCCUGCUCACAGCCAUGGCCUACGACCGCUAUGCCGCCAUCUGCCGACCCCUGCACUACUCUACCCUCAUGAACCGGCAGGCCUGCAUGAUUAUGGUGGGCACUUCCUGGCUCAUGGGCAUCAUCACAGCCACCACCCACUCCUCCCUUAUCUUCACGCUACCUUUUCCCAAUCACCCAGUUGUCCCUCACUUCCUCUGUGACAUCCUGCCGGUACUGAGACUUGCCAGCGCUGGGAAGCACAGAAGUGAAAUUUCUGUGAUGACUGCCACAGUGGUCUUCAUCAUGGUCCCCUUCUCUCUGAUUAUCACCUCUUAUGCCCGCAUUCUGGGUGCCAUCCUGGCAAUGACCUCCACCCAGAGCCGCCGCAAGGUCUUCUCUACUUGCUCCUCUCACCUGCUUGUAGUCACCCUUUUCUUUGGAACGGCCAGUAUCACCUACAUCCGGCCCCAGGCAGCCUCCUCCAUUACCACGGACCGCAUCCUCAGCCUCUUCUACACAGUCGUCACUCCUAUGCUCAACCCUAUCAUCUACACCCUUCGGAACAAGGAAGUGACAGGGGCCUUGCAGCACAUAAUGAAGAGACAUGUCCCCUCAACCUGA